GUUAUUCACUUUCUAAGAAUGGUACGUGCUCUUCCCAUGCGAUUGAUCCUGGGGUGACAUGUAUUUAGGACGGAAAUCAAGAGCAAACUUGCUGGUUUGGUGGAUCUGGGGAAUGCUGUGGUUCAGUUUUAUAGUAGCGAUGACUUGAGAGGUCCUUAAUGUGUUCAUGUUGGAAGAGGGCCGAAUGCAUGGUCGGGAAGGCUGCUACGGUCGAAAAAUAAACUGCAUUAGCUGUUGGGUUGGUGCAGAAGUGAGAAUUAGUGGUGCAUCCCAUCCGAUCCACCGGAACAGGUUUGGUCAGCCGGUCGUUCAUUAUCUUUACGGCCUAAGUUCAUCCCUGCUCCUGCCCCUUGUAGCCUGUUCAGGGGGAGAGUGAUGAUUUGGAGUUGGAACUCAAAACUUCCAAGGAGAGAUGCUUCUUUAGUUUUUGGGUUUCGUCCUUGGAAAGAAAAACAAUAGAGUUUAAUUAAGAUGUUAAGCAGCUUAUCUAAGAGUUAAUAGGUCCCGUGAUAACAAAUUAAAGAGGUCUAUGUGCAUUGAGAUAGAAGUGAAUUUGUGGUCAAUCUAGACAUCUAUAUGUUAUGGAGCAUGGACAUAAUAUGUCGUUAUGAAGAUUGAGAGAUUUAUAUUAACAACAUCAUGAUGAUUUUCAAUAACCUGUAUUUCAAGUUGUCUAACUAAAGUCUUGUUCUUUGUUUGGUCCCUUACGAAACCAUAGGAAAAAGAAGCCAAACAUAAGUAAUUAGGUUGGGAUCGCGCGUAAAGUUGAAUCAAUCUUAUUUUAUUCCCCUUAUAUUACCUUUUCUAUGUUCAAAUAUUAAUGGACCCUCAUGUUUUCUUCUUGGAUCUUGUCUGGAAUGGCAUAUAUUUAUUAGAUUGCUGCACGAACACGACUAAGCAAGAAGAUGAGGUCUACUAAUCAGACGGUAUAGCUGGAUCACACAUUCUCAAGAUCAGGGUUGCAAUCAAUGAGAAAUGGUGGUGCUCAUCCUCACCCUGCCAACACAAGAUCAGUAUCAUUUCACUAAUCCCACUUUAUGAAGUUGACUCAGAACAAAUCUCUCUUUAGAAUAAUUGCUGCUGCAGCGCCACACUACCUUGCAUCCACGAGAUGCCUAUUCCCUUCCUUUCGUUAAUUUUUGACCAGCUUUUUAAAGUUCCACAUCAUCUCUCUCUCUCUCUCUCUACUGAAUAAUACAUGUGUACAUGGAACAUAAUUAGGUUGGAAAGAUGAAUUCCUUGCUUGCAAACAAGGUCUACUUUGGUCCCAUGUAACUCAUGACCGUAGCAUUCAUCCAUAGCUUUAUCACCGGGUCUAUUUGUUGUAUGCAUUUAUGUAUGAAGGAAAAAAGUAAACAGAAAAGAAGAAGAAGAAGAAGGAUAAACAAAGAAUUGGAUCGUGAUCAAGAUGAAGUACAAUGUCACGAUAUUCUCGUGGGAUCCAUAUCAAUAGUCAAGUUUCCAUGGGGUUUCAAAACAGAGCUUGUUUUGUGAAUUGGAGUCUGUAUAGUGAUUAAAUAUGAAUGGGAAUGGGCAAAUGGAGGUACAUUACAUAAACACUGGUUUUCCUUACACGGUUACGGAAAGUUUCAUGAACUUCUUUGAAGGCCUCACACAUGUACCGAUCAAUUAUGGUCAUACCUUACCGACGCAAGAUCAGGAAAGUGCAUACUGGUCGAUGAAUAUGAAUUCUUACAAAUUUGGAUUUUCUGCUCCGGGGAGUACCUAUUAUGGUCAUUAUGAGGCAAGUGAUCACUUACCAAGAAUGGAGGUCAGCAGGGGUACCUGGGAAUACCCUUCAACAAUGAAUCAAGAGCAUGCAUCUACAGACUCACAGUCUGAAGGAGAUGCAGUCAUGGGUGUGCAUUCUAUUCCUGAAGAAUCCUUUAUUUUUACAGGCAGUCCAACUCAUCAUAAUAACAAUAGCUCUCAGGUCACAUGGCAAGACAACGUUGAUCCUGAUAACAUGACUUACGAGGAGCUACUUGACUUAGGUGAUGCGGUUGGAACUCAAAGUCGAGGUCUUUCACAUGAUCUUAUUAGUUUGCUUCCAACUUCCAAGUACAAAUUCAAAAACUUCUUCUCAAGAAAGAAAUUGAGAGAGAGAUGUGUUAUAUGCCAGAUGAGGUACAAAAGAGGUGAUCAGCAAAUAAAAUUGCCGUGCAAGCAUGUUUACCAUAGUGAAUGCAUCAGCAAAUGGCUUAGCAUUAACAAGAUUUGCCCAAUUUGCAACACAGAGGUAUUUGGCGAUGAAUCAAGGCGUUAAUGCAUCAAACCGAAAAAAUGGAUGAAAGAACUGUGUUGUUCUAUGCUCCAUCAAUUUCAUAUAUAUAUUUUUUCCCAUUGUUACUAGCUUUUUUGUUUUUGUUUUUCUCCAAGUUUGUGGGGGGCGGGGAGGGGGAGUGUAUACUACAUGGGCUUGUUAAGGAAUAUGGUAGCUUCCGCUUACUUCAUACAAGGGUUCUUUCAGCGGAGAAACUUGGAUAAUUUUAGAUUUUGUAACAAUAAUUUUAAGUAGUGGAGGAUUUCUAUUUGAAUUAA